GUCGCGGCUCUGCACAUCCCACCUCAAGACUAGACGACCAAUAUUCACCCCAGUCUACUCGUUCUGCAUAAGUUAACUCCCGUCGUUUUUGACGAAUCGAAUUUCUGAGCUACCCCCGUACUAGGCCUGCCUGGAAAAAAAAUCGUAAAACCAAAAAGCCGAGGAUGACUUGAGAAGGCCCAGCGCGCUCUUGACAAAUUCCAUUCCUCCCUCCCGCUUUCGCGCGCCACACACAAGACCCAAAUAUUGGAAACAGUGCACGAGGUUAAGUAAGUACCUGCUCCAAACUGUCCUACAAUUGUCGGAUUAGUUCACCGUCGACCUUGUCGCUCAGUCUGAACCUCCUCACAUCUCCUCUUGAAAACGUGCCCCUCACCCGUCACCCUUCGUACAGCACAGCACAGCAGUCUGCGCGGGCUGUGACUGUCACAUCUUUCCUCUCUUUCCUUUUCACUGAUUGUUUCCUACCGUUCGCAGAACUCCAACCCCGCUUCCACCAUGGAGGGCGCAUUUACACACCUUGGGAACCAUCUCAUUUCCGACUCGGCCGCUGCGAUCAAUGCAGGAGCAGACGAUCUUUCCAACAUUGACCCGGACGAGAGCCUUCUCUAUGGCCAGUAUGGUGGACGUGGAGGCCUUGGACCCAGCAGAAGAAGGAACGAUGACGACGAUAAUGAGACGGAGGUGUUCGACGACGAUGAUGCAGAGAGUUUGGCUAGCAUGCCAGUAGAGGGCAUGAAGACAUUGGGAUUAAGAGGAGUCGAGGAUGAGAAGGAGCUUCCCGCUCACGCUUGCGCGUAAGUGCACAUAUGUAGGAAAGUAUUGUUUGGACUUGGGUUAACUGUGGCGAAGAUACUGUGGCAUCCACUCUCCAAGCUGUGUAGUCAAAUGUUUGGGAUGUACGAAGUGGUUUUGUAGUGCGCGAGGAAAUGCGACGUCUUCCCAUAUCGUCAACCAUCUCGUCCGUGCAAGACACAAGGAGGUCCAGCUUCACCCACUUUCAACCCUUGGAGAUACGGUCUUAGAAUGCUACAACUGUGGUACCAAGAACGUAUUUUUGUUAGGCUUCAUUCCAGCCAAAUCGGAUACAGUUGUAGUCCUGUUGUGUCGUCAACCAUGCGCCUCGACGCCUUCCUCGAAGGAUAUGAGCUGGGAUAUUUCAAGAUGGCAGCCACUUAUUGAGGACCGUUCGUUUUUGCCUUGGUUGGUCUCUGUUCCCACCGACGCUGAACAACUUCGUGCCCGACACCUCGCUCCACCAAUGAUUGCCAAAUUGGAAGAAAUGUGGAAGGACAAUGCUAGUGCUACAAUUGCCGAUCUUGAGAAAGCUGCUGGAAUCGAUGACGACCCAGCACCUGUACUUUUGAAGUACGACGAUGCUUACCAGUACCAAAACGUAUUUGGACCAUUGGUCAAAAUCGAAGCUGAUUACGAUCGCAAGCUCAAGGAAGCCCAAUCAGAAGAUGGUCUAGUUAUUCGCUGGGAUUUUGGUUUGAAUAACAAACACCUGGCCAGUUUUGUCCUUCCAAAAAUCGAGCUUGGUGACGUCAAGCUAGCCGUGGGUGACGAGAUGCGAUUAAAGUACAAGGGAGAGUUGCGACCUGUUUGGGAGGGUGUUGGAUACGUUAUCAAAAUUCCCAACAACCAGUCAGAUGAGGUCACCAUCGAGUUACGAAAGGUUGGAAACGAUAAGUCUGUUCCUACAGAUUGUACCCAUAACUUUUCUGCCGAUUACGUCUGGAAAGCCACCUCCUACGAUCGUAUGCAGUUCGCCAUGAAGACCUUUGCCGUUGACGAAAUGAGUGUAUCAGGUUACAUUUUCCAUAAACUUCUCGGUCAUGAGGUUGCUGCUGCGCCUAUGAAAAUUCAGAUGCCUAAGAAAUUUAGCGUCCCUGGACUUCCGGAGCUGAACAGCAGUCAAAUCAAUGCAGUUAAGAGUGUUUUGCAAAAACCACUUAGUCUUAUCCAAGGCCCUCCUGGAACUGGAAAGACGGUCACAUCAGCAACUAUCAUUUACCAUCUCGCUAAAGUCAAUGGUGGUCAAGUACUGGUCUGUGCACCUUCCAACGUUGCGGUCGACCAGCUCUGUGAGCGUAUUCAUCGCACUGGUUUGAAGGUUGUCCGUCUGACUGCCAAAUCCCGCGAGGAUGUUGAGUCCACCGUUGGAUUUCUGUCUCUCCACGAGCAGGUCCGUAUGAACGACAGCAACCUCGAACUGACAAAGCUUGCACAACUUAAGAGCGAGCUUGGCGAGUUGUCCAGCCAGGAUGAGAAGAAAUUCAAGACCUUGACACGAGCUGCUGAGCGCGAAAUUCUCAACAAUGCCGAUGUCAUCUGCUGUACCUGCGUUGGCGCCGGUGAUCCAAGACUGGCCAAGAUGAAAUUCCGAACUGUGCUUAUUGACGAGUCGACCCAAUCCGCUGAACCCGAAUGUAUGAUUCCAUUGGUUCUGGGAUGCAAACAAGUUGUAUUGGUAGGUGACCAUCAGCAACUUGGUCCAGUCAUCAUGAACAAAAAAGCCGCCAAGGCCGGUCUCAAUCAAUCCUUAUUUGAGCGACUCGUUACGCUUGGUCUUUCACCAAUUCGAUUGAACGUUCAGUAUCGUAUGCAUCCUUGCCUGUCUGAGUUUCCAUCCAACAUGUUCUACGAAGGCUCACUUCAGAAUGGUGUUACUAUGCAACAAAGACUCAGACGCGAUGUGGACUUCCCUUGGCCCGUUGGAGAUACACCUAUGAUGUUCUGGUCCAACCUUGGCAAUGAAGAAAUCUCUGCCUCCGGAACUUCCUAUCUCAACCGAACUGAAGCCUCCAAUGUGGAGAAGAUUGUUACCAGAUUCUUCAAGGCUGGUGUUCAGCCACAAGAUAUCGGUGUAAUCACGCCAUAUGAAGGCCAACGAAGCUUUGUCGUCAGCUCUAUGCAAAACACAGGUACUUUCAAGAAGGAAAAUUACAAGGAGAUCGAAGUCGCUUCUGUCGAUGCUUUCCAAGGUCGUGAGAAGGACUUUAUCGUUCUAUCUUGCGUUCGUUCCAAUGACCACCAGGGAAUUGGUUUCCUGAGUGACCCUCGACGUUUGAACGUAGCUUUGACUCGUGCCAAAUACGGUCUUGUUAUUCUUGGAAACCCCAAGGUUUUGUCGAAGCACCCUCUCUGGCAUUACCUGCUUCAACACUUCAAGGAACGCAACUGUUUGGUCGAGGGUCCCCUCUCCAAUCUCCAGACAUCCCUCCUUCAAUUCAGUAGACCCAAGACCACAUAUCGUGGACCGCAACGGUACCAAAUGGCUCACCCUUCAUUCAACGGUCGAUCUGGUACCAAUGGCAAGGGACCUCAAGAGUAUGAUGCGGGUUCUAUGAUGAGCUAUAUCCCUGACGAUGUUUCCUCUGUUCACUCAUCUGCCCUUGGUGGGGUUGGAGUCGGCACAGCCUACCCUCAAAUGUUCAGCAACUUUACUCCUGAUACUUGGCCAGGUCUUGACCCCCUUCGUAGUCGUCCAAACGGCCAGAAGGCUAGAGGCCGUGGUCCAGAAAGUAUUGCCGGGGAGUCCGUUGCUGCCAGUGAGAUUACUGACGCUACAAGCAGUGUUAUGGGAGGCAAAGGAAUCGGACAAGGCGGUGUAAGCCUUGGUUCGGGUUUGGAUGUGGCCCAGAAGCAAACAAGUUUGAGUCAAUCCGAUCGUCUUAAGCGAUAUGUUGAGUCAGGCGGACGCAUCGCAGACUACAAGACCGGAGAUGCUGGCAGUGUCUUCGGUACCAGUUCCUUGCUCAGCGGAAGACGUCUGGAUGACGAUGAGAAAAGUGUUUCGACUGCAUUUGCCAGCCAGAUUGGCGGAGGAUACGACUGAUCAAUGACCUGGGGGUCCUGAAGCAUAACUGGACAAAUCACCUGAUGAACUUCAAACGGAUUAUUCAUAACCCGAGGAACGUAAGACACGACACUCAGCUGUCCAUCGUUUGACAUCUGGCGUAUUUUCGGAUACGUCCUGAAGCCAGCGAAUUGAUAGCCCGAAAUGUUUGGUUAGUCCACAGGCUAAAUCGUCAAUUACGCAGCCAAUCCUACCCACUACUGCCGGCUACAAUAUUGAAGCAUUGAAACGGUCCAAUCUAACACUACCCAGGGGAUGGAGAUGGGGAAAGUAAGGACAGACACGCGCAGAUUGUUUUUUGUGGAGGGGUUGAUUGGCUGAUUUUUGAUGUGAGAAAAAGGGAAUUCGAUAUAUGGGGGGAAUGUUUAGAGAAAAAUGGUACAGGGGAAUCGAGUGCUAUUUGGAAUCAUGAGAUUGACCAUAUUCGUCACUGGCUCGCCUAUUACGGCGUGGGAUACAUCGUGGUAAGCGGGUGUCGCAUGCUGAAUUGUAAACGCACGUCUAGAUAGUCUAAUUUAAGAAACCUUUGUACCAAUGA